AUGAGGAACGCCAUUCCACAAGCGGUUUUAUUGUUCGCAGAGGAUCUACAAUUGGCGAAUGAUGCAGCAACAGAACGUCUGAAAGCUAGAUAUUGGAGUGCUUUGAGGAGCACCUGGAACACAGCUGAAUUCAAAUCAGUCAUUGAUGAGUCAGACUAUGGUCUCAAGAUCGGAACUCACAGCCAGCGGAAGCUCCCGGCAACCUAUGCAUCAAACAAAGGUUGUUCUAAACCAGAGAUUGAGAUCAGGGGGCGCUGGCAAGGUGAGGCAGGAAAAGGCCCCAAAGUGGUGGAUCGAUACAUUGAUAGGAAGCAUGAGUACAUUGAUGCGGCUGCACUUUGCAUUGGAGGCCCAGUGAAGUACAAACUCAAAGAAGGUGUGGAACUACCAGUUGAAUGGCUCUACGAGAAUGUUAUUCCUAACAUCAGGGCCAAGUUUCCGCGGGAUAAUCGUCUUUGUUGUGUAUUGGCCUUGACGCUGCUGUAUGCUUGCAUGCACGAUGACAUCCUGGUGCCGCCUGGUGUUAAGAGUCGUGUUCGAACUGCCUAUGGCGAACUGAAUCAGGAUAUACAACAACCAGUCGAGAAAGUGCCCUUAUUUGUGCAUAGGAGGGAUGACCAGUUGAUGAUUGAUGAAGCCAUUAUUAUAGACGGUGAUGGGAGCACUGGUGCUGGUGGAGCUGUGGUGGCAGGGAACGCGACUUAUGACUUGUUCCAAAGCAUCCAGAUAAAUAUCCAGCAACUACAACAGCAAUUGAACAAUGUUGCUGCUCGAUCUGAUACAAAUUUUUCAGAUUUGAGAGCCUACAUCCGGCAUCGCGAUCGAAUUCUAAACAACAAUAUUCGUGCUUUUGGCGGAACAAUUGAAGGUGGCUUGCAAAUCCAACAAGCAAAUGCUGGUCGCAGACUACUGCCGCUUGCAGCAAGAGGAGCAAAUGUGGAUGUGGGUCCCGUCGAAGCUGCGAACAUGGCUAUUCUAUCGGGUAAUCCCAGGUCAUUAUACGGACUCUGGCGGGAGUAUCAGCAUGGGAUUGCUGGUCGGAAGCCUGCACGUUAUUUCACGGCAACAGAACGAAACUGUUCUCGUCAAAUGAAGCAAAAGUUCUAUCGUAGGAAGCAAGUCUGGGAUACAAUUUCACGACUGGUUGCAAAUGGGCACACUGUUCAAUCCGCGAUUGAACGAAUUAAGCAGGUGUAUCGCCAGAAUGUCUCAGUCACCAGGAUAAUCGAUGGAAUCAUACGAGGCAAACGGCAAUAUGGUGGACCUCAUCCAAAUCUAGUGUAA